CCCUCGGAACCCGGCGAGCUCCAAUUCCGCAAGGGCGACGUCAUCGCAGUGCUGGAGUCGGUGUACAAGGACUGGUGGAAGGGUAGCCUACGCGGGCAGACGGGGAUCUUCCCGUUGAACUACGUGGAGAAGCUGCAGGACCCCACGCGCGAGGAGCUGGAGCGGGAGGCGCACAUGGAGGCGGAGGUGUUCGCGGAGAUCCGGAACGUGGAGAAGUUGUUGGCGUUGUUGAGUACGAGUUCGCGGGCGAGCGAGGGGGAUGUGAGGGAUAACGAGGAGAUUACGGUGAGUUGGGAGCUUGUUGAGUGACGGAAUUGGGCUGACCGGAGCAGAAAUUAUACCAUUCGACGUUGGCGAUCCGACCGAAAUUGAUCGAGCUUAUUGGCAAAUACUCGCAGAAGAAGGGUACGGUACCAUGGAAGGGUCUUGCAAGUUAUAUGCUAACCGUAUAUCAGAUGAUUUUACUCAACUGAACGAGAAGUUUAUCAAAGCCCGACGAGAUUAUGAAACUCUCCUCGAAGCUUCCAUGUCACAACCCCCUCCGCCCACAUACGGCCGACCCCCGUACUCUUACGCACCACCCCAACAACCUGGAUACGGUCGUCCUGGAGCAAGCUUUCCUCCACAGGGUCCCCCACAGGGUCCUCCACAAGGUCCUCCACACGGCCAUCCGCAACAACCAGAAACCGGUCCGCAGCGAUACUUUUCUCCCGGGCCUCAAGGGGCUCCGGAGCCACAGCCUGGCUACCAACCGCCACAGACCGAUAGUGCGCCUUUCUACGGGGUUCCGCCCAGUCAAUCGGGACCUGACCAGAUGAGUCCCACACCCACCCCAGCAGAACCCUACGGUCCUCCGCCAGGCCGCGUCAACGCCGCUGCUCGUCCUCCAAGCGCCUUCCCACCCAGCACGAGCCAGCCAUCCGCCCCGUAUGGCCAAGCGCAGCCUGCAGCCAACCCCGUCGGCAUCCCGCAAGAGCUUGCGUCCAGCCCCUUCGACAGCCCCAGCGACGGACGUCAGAAUUUCCAUCCGACGGGCCCUUCCCAAGGCCAGCCGCCAUCACACGACCCCUACGCCGCCGGAUACGACGCAUACCCCCCCUCCGCACCCCCACCAUCGCAACCCUCCGCCCCCUCGCAGUACGGCUACCCUCCCGAUCGGCCCGCGCCCAGCCAACCCCCACAAAGCCAAGCACCCCCCAACCCCCUCGCCCAACACCCCCCCUCCUACGACCCCCAAUCUCCCACAUACCCGCUCAACCCCCCGUCUCAAGACGACCUCUACGGCUCGACCCCCUACCCCACCCGCCCAUCCCAACCGCCCGCCCAAGACCCCUACGCCCAAGAAUAUCCCCCGGGGCAAGCUCCCCCCGACUCCCCUCCCGCGCAAGGUGCAUAUCCCGCACUCGGGGGGCGACCGCCGGGUGCGCCGUCCGCGCCGUCCGCGCCGGGCGCUACAUAUCAGGCAUAUCGGCCGCAGCAAGCUACUCCUCAGGCGGGAACGGCUGGUGGGGAUGCAGAAGGGUUUUAUCGGUAGAUGGGGGUUGGAUUUGGUGUGGUGGAAUGAGGCGAGCGUCUAUGAAGGGAGGGGAGGAUUGGCGCGUUAGUGCUUGGAGAAUGAAACGAAUCGGUUCGAUGAACGCGGUUGGGUUUCUGUCGAUGUGGAAUCAUAGCGAGCAAGGGACGCAUCGAAAUGUACCGGAUAAUUUGACACGCGUUCCAAGU